GAUUCCAAUCGCUCUCCCUUCAUUGGUGAACAUGGAGAAUGGUAAAUAUUCUUUUGUACGGCGAUCUAUCAAGGUUCACCUGGUUGACUACUGGGCAAACGUGCCAGGUCACGUGUCAGCGCUUCCAUCGUCUGUCAGCCACUUGCCACAUGAUGACGACCAGUGCGUGAUGGCCGAGAAGUCUGAGAGCAUCGAAGCUGAAACAAUUAGGGUCACCACCUUACAACUAGAUCUUGAGGAAAUCAAAAACGAUUUCCCGAAGAUACUUGUCAAGUCUGUAUUUGGUUGGGUGACCGAGGUAUGCCCCGACGAAGAAACCGAGCCAAACCAAGCUCCCAUCACUCAGACUGAGUUGAUUGAGCCGUCCUCGCCAAUGAAGCAGGUAGCGGUUUCAUCAUCCCCAUCAGUUCUCAGGCAGCUCAACUUUACUGAGAUUCUCGGUUCUCUGAACACUCAAAGCCUCGAGAGUAUCGCUUCUUCUGCUUCACGCCAGGGUCGUCAAGUAAAACUACGUCCACCACUCGUCGACUCUCUUGUCUCGCUAAUGAGACCUCUACGUGCCGAGCUGGAGUUGAUGGAGUUUGUCUUUGCGCCAGCCAAACUGCAUCUGAUCUCGCUUCCUGCAUUAGUCACCAUGAAGGAUGGAGGAUAUUCGUUUCUUCGGCGCCGCGUGAAAGUUUAUCUGAUUGAUUACUGUGCGAAAAAGCCUAAGGACGUGGAAGCUCUUCCAUCGUCUGUCUGCAAGCUGCCACAUGAUGGGUAUCAGUGCUUAGUGGGAGAGACGUUACUCGAGGCAACAGACUUCGCGCAACACGACACGGGUUUCACGAAUACGGAGUCUGGGUUUAGUCAUUUGGAGAAUGAUCAGGGUGAAGGGACCAAGCCAAAGCAACGUGAAAAUACCAAUGGUGAUUACGUCACACAAACUGCCUUGGCAGCCGAGCUCCCCGACAAAGAUAUCAGUAAUAUGGCAGACGCCAUGAACAGCAUAUCUCAGACAACAUCGAUGAAAGUCAAACCAUCAGACACAAUUCAGAUUGGCGCUGACGACACGACGCUGCUUUAUAAAGAUGAAUCCAAGAUGACAACUGUCGAAGAGAAAGUCAUUGAUUUGAGUCUCCAAUGUGCUCCACAGAUGACAGAGUCACUAGAGAAGGAAGAAUAUCUAUCCACCGCUUAUCCACUAAACAUAACUCUAGAAUCGUCAGGUACCGAAGGCCAACAGCUGGAGAUAACAGGCGAAGAAGCUGAAGUAUCAAUUAAUAGCUUAUCAACUGAUAUUGGAGUUUCACUGACUCCAAAUGAAUGGAUGGAUCAGGAGCUCCCCUCUGACCACACACCUCCGAUAGCUACUAAUGAUGUGGAUACUGGCAAAGGAGACCAGAAGCUCCUUCAUGAAUGCAGUCAAGCACAAAAGAAGGAGGCGAAGCGCAAAAAGCAAAGACCAAAAUCAUCCCGACGCAGAUCACAGAAAGAAAAUAAAGGCUGUCCGAAAAAAGAGAGCGAGUCAGAACAUACAGUAGAAGGAAGGAAGUACACCCUUCAGAACGCCAAGACCGAAGUGAGACUCGAUGACAAUGACGCCAUAAAUCCUAAGCAUAACACUUCUGUGACAGAGUCACCAGACGAAGGACGUGAUGAUAUCAGCCCUCAGACCCGGGGAGUAACUGGUCAUAAGACAUCGACAACUUAUGAAGCUGGUUCAGGUAUUGUGAACGUAGAAGGAAAACACAAAGAGAGUGACAAGCUGAACCCGCAGACAAAGCACAACAAGACGAGAAAGACCUCAAACAAGAUCGAUGCAGCGGCUGACCAAUUGUCAGUGCAAUCAGCUGAGUCAAAUGUCAGGGAAAGUGAGAAAGCGAAGAGAAAGGAAACCUUGUCCGUCGAGAAACCAGUUGCUUCAAAGAGACAGGAGACUGCGCCGCAUCGAUUGAAGAAGAAACCUUGUGUUGAAUCAGGGGACGUGCUGAUCAUCAGUACACAUAAAAGUAUAGCACCACCAUCAGGAAUAAAUGAAAGUGGUCGGCGUGUAAACGAGGCAGUAUUAAGCAAAAGACCCAAAAAAGUGAAACACCGCAAUAACGCAGAUGACCUACCAAGAAAAGGCCACGCCAGUGGAGUAAUGGCGAGGUCCAACACAUCAUCGAGCACAAGAAUGGGCUCAUACUCAACAGCAGCCCAAAAGGGAUCCGGGACGAAAGCCUAUGAACAAGACGGCCCAAGAUCAAUCAACAGCUUUGUAUUACGGGACGAAGGAAUGAAUUGUUACUCGCGGCUACUUGUCAAGGCAAACAUGGACCAAGGGGACGGAAGACUCCUCAUCCCAGGGGUGCAGUGCUGUUCCAUUGCUCUCUGCGCCAUUCUCAGGGCGACCGGUAAAAGCCCGUUAAUGUGGACUCCAGAAGACAUAGAUGACAUAAUAAUCAACGGGAUAGGAGACACAGGGAGACACAACAGAGGAUGGGUCUCCUUAAAAGUGCCUAUCUCCAUAUUGAUGAGAUGGAAGAAGAGAUAAAACUGCGUGGUCGGCACUUCAGGGUCAAGAAAAGCGAUGUCUUAUGUGGUAACGUCAUGAACGAUGGCAUAGACAAGAACAACCCGCUACCGGGCAUUAAGAGUAGCAUCGAAUCUUUAAACGAGUAUAAUAUGUUUAUUGUAAGGUACUUGUUAUACACAAUUGCCAUAUUUAAGACAUCGCAAACCUGGUUGUUGUUUGAUUCGCAUAAUCGCGACCAGAAUGGAUUUAGACAUCCUGACGGGAAGGCUGUUCUUCUGGAGUUCAAGACCCUUCGGAGUGUUGCCUGUUACAUAAGGUGGUUCGUGAGCUGUAACGGUUUAGGCCACGUGACGGGACCACGCCCGCUAGAUGAUCGGCAGUUGAGUUACGAACUGGCAGGCGUGAGAGUAGCUGUACUGAGCUGAACCAAAGAUCGUUUGGGCGUGGCAUUGAUAUGUAGUUUCUUUUCUGUUUCGGCAUUUAUCAUAAAUAAAAAUGUAUAUAUUUGUAUAUAGACAAUAAAGCACGUUUAAUAUUA